CUUUUGACAAAAGCGUCUGCUAAAUGACUAAAUGUAAAUGUUUACUGACAAGUUUGACAUGCAGUUAUCAUCAGAGUGAGGAUGAACACUAACCGAUAACUUGUUGUCAAGGCUUUUGUGAUUAAACUACACUAAAACUACACACUUACACACAUUGACAUUUUUUGUUUCUGAGCAAUAACCUUGCCCAAUGUCGAGCUGUCAAUUCGAGAAAAAAUAAAUAGUGGAUGUAUAUCCGUGAAUAGUAUUAGAUGCGGUGGCAGUCAGAGAGUCUCAUAUGUGCAUGACUCACUUUAUCUCUACAGCACUUUCUGACUCACUCUGCCAUAAGGAAACAUCUUGAAUGAUUUCAGCAUAUGCUUGCCAUGGCGUGAGGCUAACUCCACACUAUACAUUUUAACAUGGUGCAUUGUGUACCAGAUUGUGCUGUGCAUAGCGGAUGGCUAAUUGUUAGUUUUUAGUGACUCCUGGAUGAGUAACUCAUUCUAUUAAAUCUCAACUUUGGCACCCUAAACAAUCUGUUGCCCAGUCUGUAAUACACAGGGGAUUUCAGACGAAAUACUGACUGACUAUCUCGACUAUGCCAACACUCUGGUGAAAUAUGUACAAUGUAUUACACAAAUGAAAAAAAAGAUCUAAACCUACAUUAAGGUUUUUGUUUAGCAGCUGCUUUUAUUCAAGUGAAGUAAAAAAAAAAAAAGUGAAGUGAAUGCAUUUAUUAUUGAGACUAAUAUCUGCUCAAGUGGAGUAGAGUAGAUGUUAAGAUCGUAAGCAAAUGUCAAUGUUAAACUAAAUAAUAAGAAUAAAACAUUAAUUGUCAUUUAAAUGAUAACAGACUGAGCUUCAUCACCUCUUAUUGUCCAAAUCACAUCAUUAGUGGUAAUAACGGCUAUUGCACUCUGAGUUUUAUGUAGAUGUUUAUCAGCCUUUUUAUGAGAGCUGAGAUCGACUCUGUUAAGAGAGUAAUUUAUCCAAGAGCGUUCCCAAUAGGUGAAAGUAGCUUUGCAAAUGACAUCUGCAAUUUUCAACUCAUCUAAACCAAUUACACUGAACAUCUGCUAUUUCAAUCCACCGACAUUAUCAUUUUUGUGCAAAACAUUCAUCAAAGAAUCAAAUCUGCCUUGAAAAAUUUCACAUUUUAGCUUACUCUCCCCCCUCAUGUUGUGUUCUCAGCCAUUUUCAUCCCCGCUGACAGUUGGUUCAAUUUAUAAAAUAGACCUCACUUUGCCUCAUUCUGUGACAUGACAGCUUUGGUGCGAAAGCACACAAGCACGGCUGCAUGUGUCAGCGACACGCUCGCACACGUGUCUGUCCUCACAAGUCCACUUUUUUUAUUGACACAUACACACACACACACACAACAGCAGAAGCAAAGGAUGCAAGCAUUGCUCUUUCACUGAUCACAGGUGCAAGACAGAAAAAGGCAGUCGACAGUUAAAGAAACCAGGGGGGGAAGAAAACAUCAGUGGAAUCGAAUAUGGAGAGUGCGUAGGAGAGGGCUUGAGAGAUAGUCGGCUCGAAAGUCAGAGAGGCUGUAUUUAUAGAACUCUGGAAUAUAUAAAGAUGGUACAGACACUUCACGGGGGAAAUAUAGCAAACAAACAGAACAGAAACAAGAGACAGUAUGGGUGUGCAUUCUGAAAGUAGAAAAGGCAAACUAAUACCUUGACAGGAAGAAGAGAUCGGCAUCCGUGGACUUUUUGGAUUAUGUGCAUCUGACAGUAGCUCACCAUGUGUGUGACUGACGACUGUGAUGAGCACGUUGGUGCUCCUAGGAGCAGCUUUGCCCCUGCGAGGCAGACAAGCAUGGAAACCCCUCCCAAUGCCCCUUCUCAACCCUUCCGACAGCCUAGUUUUCUGAGUCGCCGGUUGAAGGGCUCCAUCAAAAGGGCGAAGAGCCAACCCAAACUGGACCGCACCAACAGUUUCCGCCACAUGAUUCUCCCACGCUUCCGCAGUGCCGACCAGGAAAGGACUCGUCUGAUGCAGAGCUUUAAGGAGUCUCACUCCCACGAGUCCUUGCUGUCCCCCAGCAGUGCGGCAGAAGCUCUGGACAUCACCUUGGAUGAGGAUGCAGUCAUCAAGCCGGUGCACUCCAGUAUACUAGGGCAGGAGUUCUGCUUUGAGGUGACAACCGCCUCAGGGACAAAAUGUUUUGCCUGCCGUUCUGCUGCAGAGAGGGACAAGUGGAUUGAGAACCUUCAGCGGGCUGUCAAACCUAACAAGGACAAUAGCCGUCGAGUCGACAAUGUUCUCAAACUGUGGAUUAUCGAGGCUCGGGAUCUGCCGACAAAGAAGCGCUACUACUGUGAGCUGUACCUGGAUGACCUGCUGUAUGCUCGCACCACAAGCAAGCUACGCACUGACACAGUCUUCUGGGGAGAGCACUUUGAGUUCAACAAUCUCCCGGCCAUCCACAGCCUCCGCCUGCACCUCUAUAAGGAAACGGACAAGAAGAAACGCAAGGAGAAGAGCACUUAUCUCGGCCUGGUCAGUAUCCCCAUCUCCAGCAUCACCGGCCGGCAGUUUGCGGAGCAAUGGUACCCCGUCAUCCAGCCCGGCAUCCUGGCCAAAGGUGGCGGCGUCGGGGGUGGCAAGAUAAUCAACGCCUCCCUGCGCCUCAAGUCGCGUUAUCAGACCAUGAGCAUCCUGCCCAUGGAGCUGUAUAAGGAGUUUGCCGAGUAUGUCACCAACAACUACCGCACCCUCUGCACCGUGCUGGAGCCUCUGCUGAGCGUCAAGAGCAAAGAAGAGGUGGCUUGUGCCCUGGUGCACAUCCUGCAGAGCACAGGGAAAGCAAAGGACUUUCUGUCAGACAUGGCGAUGAGUGAAGUGGACCGCUUCAUCAACCGAGAACAUCUCAUCUUCAGGGACAACACCCUGGCCACAAAAGCCAUAGAGGAGUACCUCAAACUGAUCGGACACAGGUACCUCAAGGAUGCCAUAGGGGAGUUCAUCCGAGCCUUGUACGAGUCAGAGGAGAAUUGUGAGGUGGAUCCCAUGCAAACCCCGCCCUCUGUGCUACAAGAUCGUCAGGCCAACCUCCGCAUGUGCUGUGAGCUGGCACUAUGCAAGAUCAUCAACUCCCAUUGUGUGUUCCCACGCGAGCUGAAGGAGGUGUUCUCCUCCUGGAGGGUGCGCUGUAGGGAGCACGGCCGCGAGGACAUCGCCGACCGCCUCAUCAGCUCCUCACUCUUCCUGCGCUUCUUGUGUCCGGCCAUCAUGUCACCGUCGCUCUUCAACCUCACGCAGGAGUACCCGGGCCCACGGACAUCGCGCACGCUCACGCUCAUCGCCAAGGUGGUGCAGAACCUGGCCAGCUUCUCCAAGUUCGGCGGGAAGGAGGACUACAUGUGCUUCAUGAACGAGUUCCUGGAGAUGGAAUGGGGCUCCAUGCAGCAGUUCCUCUACGAGAUCUCCAAUGUGGACUGCGGCAGCAACGCCGGGCCGUUUGAAGGCUACAUCGAUCUCGGCAGAGAGCUCUCCGUGCUGCACAGCCUUCUCUGGGAGGUCAUGGCUCAGCUCAGCAAGGACGCGAUCCUGAAGUUGGGGCCUUUACCUAGGCUCCUUAAUGACAUCAGCGUGGCCCUCAGGAACCCACAGCUCCACCGGCAGGCAACCCAGCAGCCAGAGCAGAGGCAGCCCGACCGUUUGCUCUCACGACCGGGCUUCAACCACAUCGUCUCCUCCGACUUUCAGAGCCUCAUGAUGAGGGACCUCAACAGCUCCAUAGACAUCUCGCGGCUGCCCUCGCCCGCCUCCGGCCUGGCAUCUGGACUUGCUCACAUGGGCAUGGGGCUGUACGGUGAUCGUGACCACCAAGCGUCCUCCAAAGAUCUGUUCUACGUGACCCGACCUCCCCUGGCCCGCUCCAGUCCAGCCUACUGCACCAGCAGUUCAGACAUCACUGAGCCAGACCAGAAGGUCCUCAGUGUGAACAAGAGCGUGUCCAUGAUGGACCUCCAGGACUCCCGCAUGAACAGCAUCUCCAACCUGCAUUCCGGAGACAUGCUGAACUCGUCCCAGGCCUCGCUGGCCGGGCUGGGUAGUUUUGGGGUGCUGCGGGGUGGCGGGCGCACGUCGGCCGGCUCGGGGGCCUCCAGCAUGUCGGGGGGGCUUCGACUUAGCCAUCUGGGCGCAGGGGUCACCUCCGACUCGCUGUCACAGCAGCAGCAGCAUCAGGCUGCCGCCAUGCACGUCCCCCUGUCCUUCCAGAACCCUUUGUUCCACAUGGCCGCCGACGGGCCACUGCACCACGUCCACAUGCACAUGCAGCCGCACUCAUACCCGCCACAGCCCCCCGGGCCUCAUCCGCCCCCGCCGCCUCUCCUGCUGGCCCCCGAGCCCGAGAACGGCCCCCCGGAGUACAUGCCGGCAUUUGGGCGGGGAGGCUUUUCCCGCAGCGAGGACCUGGCGUCGAUGAGGACCCAGAGCAGCUUGGUGCAGCCCAGUAUCAUCCAUUCUCACAGCUACAGUGAUGACUUCACGCGCCAAAACCAGGAAGCACAAUACGUCCGGCACCAGCUCUCUCUGCAAGUGCAGGAAAAUCUCCACCAGCAGGUGUUGAUGGGAAUGGCCCCAUCCACUGCCACAGGCAGGGGCACACCUGCCUCCAUAGCCACACCCCCAACCACCAUCCACCAUCCUGUUCGUCAGGCCUCCAUGGCCCCUCCCCCUCCUCCUCGUAUGAAGCCCCAGCCUCCCCAUCAGCUGUCCGUCAGCUCCACAGCCACCUCCACCCCACCCAAAGCCCGCCCCCAGAGCGGUAACCUCCUGCAGAGUCCCGGAGAGUCUAGUUUCGCGGCAAGGCCGCAACCCAGGCAGCAGCUCUCCGUGAAGGACAGCCCCGCUCCUGGGCUCCCUCACCAGCCCAGUGUGGCAGCUGAAACUCCAGCCCAGGAGGGGGCGACCGAGAGCACAGACACCCCAAAGAAAAACCAGGCGGCCAAGUCUCCCCAGCAGCAGUCCCAGCAGCAGCACCUCCUCAAGCCCACCAACACAAAGCCGGGCGCUAAAUCCCCGACCACCCUGAACCCCUCCAGCGCUGCGUCUGAGCGCACAGUGGCGUGGGUCUCCAACAUGCCGCACCUCUCGGCCGACAUUGAAAGCCUGCGUGUGGAUCGAGAGGAGUUCAAGCUCAAGGAGCACUCCAAGAGCAUGGAUGAAUCACGCCUGGAAAGGGUGCGUGAGUACGAGGACGAGAUCCACUCGCUGAAGGAGCGCCUGAUGAUGUCCCACCGUAAGCUGGAGGAUUACGAGCGCCGGCUGCAGUCGCAGGAGCACCAGACCAGCAAGAUCCUGCAGCAGUACCAGUGCCGGCUGGAUGACAGCGAGAGGAAGCUGCGGCAGCAGCAGAGUGAGAAGGACUCGCAGAUAAAAGGCAUCAUCAACCGAUUAAUGGCAGUGGAGGAUGAGUUGCGCACUGGUCCCGUCCCGGAGGUGAAGACACGUCUCUUCCCUGAGCAGAAUGACCUCAAUGGACUACAGUGGUUUAAAAGCUGAAUGAGUGCAAGGACAAAUAUUGCAUCCUAUUGGGGUUAGAUGCCAUGCGUGGAGGUCAACUAACAUCCCCCAUAUCUACUAGCACUACAACCGCAAAGCCCCAAUAAUUACACAUGUGCACUCGCACACACACACACACACACACACACACACACACACACACACACAUGGACACAUACACACGCACUCUCAAGAAUGCAAUGACACACAGCCCAUAUGAGCCAAUAUCCCCCUGGACAACUCAGAGGCCAUUCUGUAACACGGCUGCUUCCAUGACAGGAAGAGAACUGAUUGGCUCCUUCCAUUAACAGAAGGAGGAUUCAAUGUUUGAAGAGAACUGAUUGGCUCCUUCCAUUAACAGAAGGAGGAUUCAAUGAUUGCAGUGAAGUGGAUCUGGCCUCACACCAGAGACUCUAGUGCUUGACCAUUGGCUAACUCAUGAGAGGGAUGGGGACGACAGUGCUGUCCACAGGAUAACCCUGCAACAAGCAAAGCCAUCAGAGGACUCAAAGCCAGUGUGGGGCAUUUCUUUCUCUAACACACACACACACACACACACACACACACACACACACACACACACACACUCAAACACAAAGAUACAAACAUACACACACAUACAUACAUAAAGCCUAGGCAGGAAGGUUAUAAUGACCCUCUCACACAUUAACAUGUACAGCUCUGUCUCUCUCUCUUUUUCUCUCUCACUCUCUCUCUCUCUCUUUCUCUCUCACUCUCUCUCACAUCACUAUCAUGGAAUGUUGAGCCCCUACCCAGACAAUCAGCUUUUUGGUAGUUUAGUUUAGAUUAGUAGCAAAUGUAAUAUUAUUACACAAAAAGUAUUAUAUAAAAAAUAUAAAAAUGUCAUAUUCUCCUACUGAAUGUCUGUUGAGAAGAUUUACUCAUUCUUGACACAGUAUAAAGCAAUCUGUAUGGAGGAAGAGACAAUUUUUGAGUGGCUCAAAUUGUUAUGCACCUACACUAACUAAAGUGUUUCUAGAUCCUAGAAUCAGCAGCACAGCUGGUAAAACUGAAUAGACCACAAAAAUAGUCAAACACAUUUAGUGCAUGCUAAUAUAUCUAAUAUAAGCAUUGUUUACAUAAGAAGAGAUAAAUCCAAAGUCUUUUCAAGUUUAUCACAAGCCUCUACAUUGACUUUCUGAAGCAGUAAUUUUGAAGAUGUAUUGCCUACUCAUUGAAAUAGGUUUAUCUCAAGUAGGAGUGAUGCUUGACAGUCUGGAUAUGAUUGCCAAAGAUAUUACCGUGAACAUGUAGAAUAAGAUGUUUCAAUCAAUUGUGUAAGACCAAUAGAGACAUUCUUUUAAAAUUUUAAUUUCAACUACCAAAACUUUGCCAUUCAUGUACACAUCUACGCAUGGAGUCCCUAAAGAUAAGUAACUAUGCGGCGAUGCACAUGAAAAGAAUCUGAGGCAAGAGAGCUUAAAAAGCACAACUACCUAGCUGACGUCUUGCAUACAUGAGUGCCUGACAUAACCGCGAAGCACAAAGACUUAAGCAGCUCAGGCUUAUUGAAUCAUGCUGUCACAACCACACCCCAUUUCUUGUAACUAUAACAGUGUCUGAACUUUGUCUUAUGCACUGGAUAACUUUGCAACCUGAUGAUGCAGCCAUGUGUGUGUGUGUGUGUGUCUGUGUCUGUGUGUGUAUAUUUUUAAAGGAGUUUUAGGCCAUGCCUUAUCACAGCAGCAGCCUAUUCAUCUCAGCUGUCAUCUCUGUUGUGAACGAUUUUAUUCAAGGACUAUUUCUGCUGAGCGUAAGCAUUUUUUGACUUAGAAAACCGAAGUGUGAUCCCCCCCCCCAUCCUACCUAAUAAGGACACAUGGAAGAGACUUUUAACCAGGUGUUUUUGGGUUGCUCCACCAUACAGACUCCUUCAAGCAGUUUUCUGCACCAACUAGAGCCGUUAGUACCAACCUAGCCUUUGUGAUCCUAGGACUGACGUGGAUUAUUCCCCUGAGACAUUUCCUCCAUUUUUCUGUCACCUAAUUUUCAUUUCAGUCAUGUGUGUUUGGAGAUGAGGUCUGAACUGAUCGUGGCCAGAGGAGUUUUUUGAUUUUCUUGUGUUUAAAACUUUCAUCUUUCUGAGUGUGUCAAACCUCAUCGAGGAGGCAGACUUGCUACAUCUUGGCCUAGAUUUGUACAAAGGUUGUGUCUACGAUUGAAUUUUCCUAUUUGGUUUUAUUUCUCUGUCUGUGUAUGUGUGUGGAUGUGCAGGUGAGCGUAUGUACUUGUGUUAUUGUAUGGGAACACAGUAUUUUGUACAACGAAUGAAUAUUCUUAUGGAAAGAGGACUUCUACACAGAAAUGUAUGUGAUAUAUUUGCUUGGAAUGCACCAAUACCAUGAUAACUUUCCAUGAUUUGAUACUGUGUCCGUCCACAAGUGUCUGCCUACUGGGUGACUUUCCCAGCUAGCAAAUAUGCUUUUAUAUCAUUGAUACAUUACAAUAGGAAAUACACAACAGGUACAAAUUCCUGUGUAAACAAGUGAACAUCUAUUAUCUUUUUAACACAAAGGUUAUCCUUAUCUGCAUGUUCAAAUGUACAACCAUGACAGCACCUCCACAUUUACCCUUGCUCAUUUAUGUGCAGAAAUUCAGUCUACAUUAAAAAACGUACACGCUCUCCUCUCUCUCUCUCUCUCUCUCUCUCUCUCUCUCUCCCUCUCUCUCUGCCUCUCUCUGUAAACCAGCAUGCAAAGCUGCUCUCUCACAAACCUGCCUCUUCAUCUGAAAAAUGGCGCUUGGCAUCAACAAAGAUUAAUUACUUUAUUAUGUGUUGUAUAAUAACAAGUGCCAUCAGGACUAUCAGUGUCAGUACCAAUAUAACAAGUAGUAUCAGUGCAUUAGUUAUGUAUGGUUUUAUUUAUAUUCCCUUGUUUGUUGACUUUGCAGGGGCCUGAGGAUUUGUGGGAUGCUUUGGUAUUAUUGCUUUAAAUGUAAUAGCUCUUUGAGGGCUUACUUUAUAUUCCCAGCUGGUAGACCAUAGCCAGCCUCUUACCCCACUAUAGUAACCGCCUUCCCUACUCCCCCAGUGUGAGAUAACAGUGUGUUAACCAGCUGACUAACAACACUGCUGAGAUGCUGGCAGAUGAGUGGACAAAAGUGUGAUAGAAGGGAUGACAGACUGGAAAUCGCAUUUAAAAAUAAAAAUAAAAAAAGAAUUACACACUAAACUUAAAUACAAUUCAAAUGACAAUACUAAUCAGCAGGUAUUAACUAGCUGAUGUAUAUAUGUGUGGAUGAGUAAUAAAUCGUAUUUCAUUUCUAUUUUAUGGAGAUGGAGACUGGCCUUCUAUGAACUACAGAGCUAGGUGUUGUGACGGCACUAAGAUGGCACUAAGGAGAAAAGAGGGACUGCACACAUAUAUGUUAGGCCUCAGUACUCAAACAUAAGAAAACCUGUAAAUGGCUUUUUGAACAAAGGGCAGAAGCUUCCUCACUCCCAACAAAAAAUCUCCAGUUCAAAAUUAGUACAACCUGUUAACACAUACCGUCAGACAAAAUAUUUUGUUUUGAUUCGCUUUUCUUGAUUUGCAAUAUAUGUAUGCAUAUAAAUGGUUGGUUAAAAGAUGAUUGGAGAAUUUGUUUAUUUAUAUUCUCAUAUAGUUCUUUCUUCACGUCCAUCUUAUUAAUGAUACUCUAGAUGUUCUAUGAAAUGGGUAAUUUGUCUUAACAUUAUGUGUUUUUUCUUCUUCUUCUCCAGUCUUGAUAUGGCUUUCCAGAUAACGUCUGGCCCAGGGCUAGUUAUGUUCCUAGAUCUAGACCUGUUCCUAGAUCUAGAUCUGUUCCUAGGUCUAGUUAUGUUCCUAGAUCUAGAUCUGUUACUAGGGCUAGAUCUGUUCCCUUAUCUAGAUCUGUUCCUAGGUCUAGUUAUGUUCCUAGAUCAGUUUCUAGAUCAGCUGCUAACUGGGCUAACUGCUCUCUUUGGCUUUGUUUGUUAAGAUCAGUGGUGCAGGGUGGUGUGCUAAAGUAAGCCCUUCUCCGCCUUGUACAGUAGACAGUCUACUGCCCUCAUGCCUACUGUGCUGCUGUAAGCACAGGGACCUACCCUUCAAUCAGCCAUGACUAAGCCAUAAACAUUUCACUCUGUCCCUCUAAAGUGUCUUAUGAAUGUGGUGUGUAUAUUAAAAAAAGAUACAAAUAUGUAUAUACCUUGUGACAGAUUGAGUAUUAUAUAAAUAAUGUUGACAAACUUAUUAUACAAAUUUGCUUUAAAUGUUUAUCAUAAUGGUAAUAAAAUAUUUACCGAUGUAUACACAUUACAACAACUAUAUUGAUUUGAUUAUUUGAUGGUUGAUUAUGUAUUGGUUUUUUUGUGAACAUGGAGAAAUGUACAUUUUACUGAGGGCCAUGUUCUGAAAAUGUAAAUAAACUGAACCAUUCAUCUAUGGGAAUUCUACAGUACAUACAAUACUGGAUUUUAGUGAAUUUAUUGAAUGCCACAACUAUUUGUCUUUCAGUUUUGUUGUUGUUUCUUGAUAUUUACAACCCUUUCUGAAUUUUAUAUUAUUUUGCACUUUGGGGUGCCAUUUUACUGAUAACAGCAUAUCAACAUAAUGGUUGUUUGACAUCUGAUCGCUGGAAAAUAAAAAUGAAGUGGUGCAAUCUU